UAGUUUUCCAGCUAUAGUUUUUAUCAGAAGCAUGAAAAUUGAGGUAUCGGAGGUAUUGAAAAGCAAUUAUGCAGCAAAAGGCAUUCCGAAAGGAGCGUUGGCACUACCACUGACCCUGCUAGUGGUGGUGCUGUUCAUUCCUCUGAUCAUGAACAUGCAUGAAUCGUAUUCUAAUCUUUAUUAUGAUGGCAGUUUGGAAAGCACAGAAAAUUUGACCUGCAACUUAUUUUCGGGAAACUGGGUGGCUUAUUCUGGAGGACCUUACUAUGACAAUGAAAGCUGCCCUUUCAUAACGUACAAGCAAAACUGCUUCACGAAUGGGAGACCCGACAGGGACUUCCUCAAAUGGAGGUGGAAACCUGACGAAUGUGAGCUUCCACUGUUUGAUGCCAAAAAGUUUCUGAAGCUUGUUCGCGGAAAGUCCAUGGCUUUUGUUGGAGACUCCAUUGGGAGGAACCAGAUGGAGUCAUUGUUGUGCCUCUUAAAUAGUGUUGCUCGUCCAGAGGACAUUACAGACAGAUACACAUUGAACGAUGGAAAAUAUUUCAAAUGGUGGUUCUACGCACACUAUAACUUCACUGUUGCAACACUAUGGUCCCCCUUUCUGGUGAAAUCCAGUGAAAAAUACCUGAACGACACUUCUUUCUCCAACGCGGAGAACCUUUACUUGGACGAAGCAGACGAAGCUUGGACCACCCACGUUGCAAAUUUCGACUACGUUAUUUUCUCAGGAGGACAAUGGUUCUUUCGACCAUUAACGUUCUACGAAAAGGGCAGGGUUGUGGGGUGUCAACAGUGCCAUAACGUGACGACAGACCCGCUAAACUUGUACGGUUACAGGAACGCAUUGCGAACGGCUUUUAGAACGGUGGUGAACCUAAAAGGGUUCAAGGGGAUGGUGAUUUUGGUAACUCAUUCGCCGAACCAUUUUGAGAACGGGGCGUGGAACAAAGGUGGGGGUUGUAACAGAACAAUGCCCAUCACAAAGGAAGAGAGUGCGAUGGUGAAACCGUACGGUCUUGAGGAGAUUUACGAGACUCAGGUGGAGGAGUUUAGGGUUGCGGAAAAAGAAGGGAGAGAGAAAGGGUUACGUUUUGGUUUGAUGAACAUAACUGGAGUGAUGCUUAUGAGAGCCGAUGGACAUCCUGAUAAGUAUGGACAUAAUUUGGAUGCGAAUGUCAGAAUCAACGACUGCGUUCAUUGGUGCAUGCCUGGCCCUGUUGACACCUGGAAUCAGUUCUUGCUCCGUCUCAUCACAAUCGCAACCUUCUAAAUCUUCUCUAUUUCAUUGCCUC